GCCCCAGUGGCGGGUAAAGGGGGUGCCGGACCUCCCAGGAAACCAGAUUUCCUCAGAAGUUAGUGGGCCUGGAAGAAGAAUGCCAUAGAGUCCCUCAAAGAAUUACCUGAAGUCCCACAGGAGGAGACCUCACACUGAAGAGUUCCUGUCCUGGAACCUGCGGCACAAGGAGAUUUGGGCCGUAAGGACCACAAACUACCUAAGUCAGUAAACAAUGGAGAGCAUCUUGCUGCGGUUGUUCAUCUCUGCUGGGUUCUGUAACCUGUGGCGUUUCCCUUACCUGUGCCACCAGAAUGGAGGAGGCGGCUUCCUCCUGACCUACGUCUUCAUCCUGCUGCUGUUCGGCAUUCCGCUUCUGUACAUGGAGAUGGUCUUGGGGCAGCGGCUGCGGGCGGACAACAUCCGGGUCUGGAAGCAGCUCGUGCCCUGGCUGGGCGGCCUGGGCUACGCCUGUGUGCUGGUACGCAUCUUGGUGAGCACCUAUAACAGCGUCAUUAUCUCCUGGAGCCUCUUCUACCUGGGAAGCUCUUUCACUUCACCCCUGCCCUGGGAGCACUGCCCCCUGGUGAAGAACGCCAGCGUCACUGAUUUCUCGUGCCUCCGGACUGUGCCCCACCAGUACUUCCUGUACCACACCACACUCCAAGCCUCAGGCCACAUGGAGGAAGGGAUCACGAACCUUGUCCUGAACCUCAGCCUGGGCAGCUUCACAACCUGGGUGGUCGUCUUCUUCGUUUUGAUCUUAGAGAUCAAGAUUUCAGUGCUGGUGCUGGCUUCCUGGGUGCUCCUGUCCUACAUUCUCCUCUUCUUCCUGUUUGUCCGAGGACUCUUCCUAGAAGGUGCACUUAGUAGCCUCAGACGUCUGAUGACCAUAGAGCUCUCUACCUUGGCUUCAGUGGACCUGUGGUGGCAGGCAGGAGGCCACGUGCUCUAUUCCCUGGGCCUCGGCAUGGGCACCAUCACCACCUUCUUCUCCCACAACAGUGGAGGUGACAGCUAUGUCAAGAUGGCCUCCUUUGUGGCCCUGAUCAACCUAGUGACCUCAAUGCUGGCCACGUCCACCAUCUUUAUAGUGAUGGGGUUCUGGGUCACCACCAGUGGCCACAGCUGCGUGGAGAAGGCAGCCGCAACUCUGAUAAGGCUAAUAUCCAAUGGGCUGCUGCCUGAGGAGGCGCAACCCCCCGAAGACAUGGUGCACAUGGCCCCCCAGGACUACCUGGACUGGAUCAUCAGCCUCCCGAAAGAACUCCAGGGCGACAUCAUCUACUUCUCCCCAUCCUGCAGCCUCCUGGUGCAGAAGGAAGAGUUUCUGCAGGGCCCUGGCCUGGCAUACGCAGCCUUCUCCCAAGCCGUCUCACUGUUCCCUGAUGCCUCCUUCUGGGCCAUCAUCCUCUUCCUGACUAUGCUCGUCAUUGGGCUGGGCACCUCGAUAAGACUCUUGGAGGACAUUGUCCCUUCCUUCCAAAACUCCACCUCCCUCUUCAUCAGCCACCCCAGGCUGAUCCCAGCGCUCGUGUGCCUGGGAGGCUUCCUGGGCAGCCUCGUCUUUACCAGUCAGCCUGGCAGCUACGUCCUCUCUUUGUUCGAUGACUACCUGGUCCCUCAGAACCUCAUCAUCCUUGUGAUAUUCCAGAAUGGGGCUCUGAUCUGGAUCUAUGGAGCCCGAAGGUUCAAGCAGGAGGUGUUCAGCCAGCAAGUCGGCCUACUGCAGCCCUCUUGGGCCUUCCUGUGUCACUAUGUGACUCUGCCCGGGCUCCUGGUCCUCCUCACUGUGUGCCUCCUGCAUCUCUACUUCCAGCCGGCUGCCUACUACUUCAGCUGGAAUAGCAGCACGAGCCAGGAGGUCAGGCAGCCCUACCUGCAGAGCAGCCUCAGCUGGGCUGCCCUCCUCGCCUUCCUCACCCUUCUGCCAGUCCCGGCCUACGCGCUUCACCACUGGUGGUGCUUGGAGAACAAAAGGCCCACAGCGGUUGCCAAGGCCAAGGAGUGGCUCAAGCGCCCUGGGAGGAAAACCAACCUCAGCUCCCAGCACAAAGCCCGGAAGACCUGGCUGAAGCGGCUUAGCCUGCCCUGGUUCCGGCUCCUGCGCCCGUCCCUGAGGGGGGACAGCAAGCUCUCCUCCCACUUCACCAUGCCUCAGGCGAUCUCCCCGUUCUCCAUGAACGUCACCCCCUCCCAGCAGACGAGUCCCAGCUCUGGACCCAAGGACAGUGCUGGUGGCCGUGAGGAGAAGACAGAGAAGCUGCCCGACAACUCCGGGAAGUAGCUGGCGCCGCCACCUGUGUUCCAAGCAGCAGCUCUGUCCGCCGCCCGGCAGCCCUGGCGCCCACCUUCCUCUGCGGGAGUGAGGGGCAGCGUCCUGCCCCCCAUGGUGUCACUGGCACGUCUGUCCCCUGCUGUCCCUAACUGUCUCAUGGUGACCUAGCCAGAACUAGAACCCGGGUCUCCCACGUCCCUGUAGAACGCUUUCACUUUUCAUUUCCCCACCCAGCCUCCCCUCCUGCCCUGCCUUCCCUGCUCCCAGCCCUCCCAUGGCUCCCCAGCAUCCACGGACCAUCGCAGCUCUCCCCGUGAUGUCCCUGGCGGAUCUGUCCAGCUUCUCCCCGCCUUACGUGGCGGUCACUGGGGCCAGCAGGCCGGGCUUGGAAAGCGGGGGCCCCCUCCGCACCCUCUCAACACAGCUCUCCUGUCUCCAGGACUUCCCGCCUUUUCCCACCUGCUGCAUUCCCUGCUCAUCCUUAGAUGAAACGUCCUCUCUCCCGGGAAAUUACCAAAGGCAGCCUGCUUCCCACCAGAGGCUCCAAACUCCAUCUCAUUCACUUAUCUAAUGAAGAGUAUUUGUUUGUUUA